AUGCAAGGCUUGAUCUCGAACUUCGAGAUAGCUUUCUUCUCCGAGACAGGUGUCAGCGCAUCCACGAGGACUCACCGGAUGAAGCGACGCGCGAUGGCACUCGAGGCUACAGACGAAGUCCUUGACAACGCCAAGCGGCCUUGUGUAAGUGGACACGAAUCGCAGGAAGCUACAAUGAUGGAGGAGGAUCAGUGGUCCUUUGAAGGCCUCGUCGGGUUGGACGAGGCCUUCGACAAGCUCGCCACAAGAUAUCCUCAAAGACCAGCUGUUGAGGACGAGUUUGGUUGUGCCUGGACGUACUUGGAUCUUCAGCAGGCGUCACUUCGUCUCGCAAACGGCUUCCUGGAAAUGCUGCCCAUGACAGGUGAUACACCGCCUGUUGUCGCUCUGUUGCUGCGCCGCAGCUGCUUGUGGGUCGCCAGCUGCCUUGCAGCCAGCCGUUUGGGUCCGGUGCUGGCUCUUAGCUGCGAUUUGGGCACCGAGGAAGAGGUGGUUCGCAGCAGGGAGGCGCUCGCCGAGCACAGGCCGAGGCUGCUGGUCCUCGAGCAUGCCGUGCGUGGUGCUGCUGCAGCGGCGCCGCUGCUAGAGUCUCACGCAAAUGGCGCAGCAUUGGUUUUCGCUGACUCUUUGCACAGCAAACAGGUGGCUGCGUUCUAUGAGAGACCGCAGGCCUGGGGAUCCAGGCACUUGGACGAUGCUCUGUGGCUGGUAUACACAGGUGGGACUACAGCAGCCUCGAAGUGUGUGGUGCAGACCCACAGAAUGGCCAUCCACGAGCUUCGGACAUAUCCAGACUUUGGUGUGAUGACUUGCGAGGACCGAAUCUUGCAUCAUACCUCUGCGUUCUGGGGCGCGACUUGUUUGGGUUUGUUUGAUCUGCCCUGGUCUUGCGGUGGCUGCCUAGUGAUCCUUGGGCGCCAUGGGCUCGCGGAGGUUGCGCAAGCUAUCGAGCAGCGUCAUAUCACCGUGGCAGGGCUUGUGCCUUCUCUUCUCGAUGCUCUUACCAUGUCACGCUGUACCUCCUUGCGCACCGUGUUCACCUGGGGAGAAGCGUUGCGGCCAUCGACGGCUGCUGCGUGGCGCAGCCAAGUCCAACUGCUGGACUUGCUUAUCGCGAGUGAGUACUGGCUUGUGCUUUGCGCCGACCACCGGCAGAGUCGGCAGAGCCUUGACGGCUUCCGGCCAGUGCGCGGGGCACGGCUCCAGCUGCUCUCGGCACAGCAAGAGGAUACUGCCUCGCCGCAUCAUGUGCCACCAGGCGAGGUCGGAGAGCUGUACAUCGCCGGUCCCAUGGUCAGCGCGCAGGGCUACACCAAAGCCAGCCUGAACGAAGGUGCCUUUGUGGACCUGCCGUUGGGUGCUGACGGCCAGCUCGUGCGCCACUACAGAACCCGGGAUCUGGCGCGGUGGACGAGGGAUGGUGCUCUUGAGUAUUGCGGCCGCGCGGAUGGCUUCGCCAAGGUCGGCGGCAAGUGGCUAGAUCUUGCUUCAGUUGAGCGGAAGCUCCAGGAGGCCGGUUGCCAGGAAGCCGCAUUGCUUUGGGACGAGGAGUACAAGGUACGUCACGCGGUGGUCGUCCUUCGCGAUGGGAAGCUGGAAUGCUCGCUGGCCGCGCGGGUUGCGCAGCUCGAGGCACAUCUUCCGCCACAGACAAGCCUGCACUUGCUGCAGAGUUUGCCAAAGAAUGCCGCGACCGGCAAGGUGGCCAGGGCGGCCCUGCUGAAAGACUUGCGUCAAGAGGAGGCCCCCAGCGUUCUGUCUGGCUCGUCGCCCUCCUCUUCUAGCAGAAGGCCAAGGCCACCCAAGUCGCCAGUUUCCCGCUCCUUGCUGCUGGGCCUGGUUCUAGCAGCAGGACUCCGGCGCAGCAGCCAGGCCGUGCAGGCUGGGAAACUGCCCUUGGCGCUGGCGCUGGCACCGGGAUUGUUGGAGCUCAUUUGGCAAGGGAAUGGUGAUGAGGCCUUACCCAAAUUGCAGAACGGCGUGUUGCGAGUGAAUGGAGUGCAGGCGAACGGGGAGGCGGAAAGUCAGGGCAGCUGUCGCUCAGGUGCUGCAGUGCGGACACGAAGGAGCCUUGUUCCGCGGGGUGUCGCGGAGCGCCUGACGAACUGGUUGGCUUGGUACAGAUCGAUCACACUCCUCCUCUCGCCGGAGCAGUUAGAUGCCUUGCCCUUCAUUUGUCUCUUGCUGAUUGACGGGUGUCGCACCGGAUUGGUGGACUUUGUGCGUGUGAUCCAGAUGCCGCUGGGCCUUCUAGGCUGUGGGGCGUUGCUGGCUGCUUCCUCGCUGCCUUCAACUUGGCUCCUGGCUGCUGCAGGGAGGCUCUGGGCAAGGAGAGAGCGUGGUGGCAGUGGCUGGUUGUGGGUUUUCUGGCUGGGCUUUCCGAGCUUUGCAGAUUCCUGGAGUGGUGCCGUUUGGUCCGCCUGGCCGCGUGGAGCACCUUGCUGCCAGGGCGCAUGGCAGGCAAUGCAGGGUAUUGACGCGGCUACUCAACCAACAAAACGCGAGGAGGAUCGCUAUCCUGAACUAUCGCGCUGCAGCCACUGCUGGAACUGGGUUGCUACUACGUCGUGCACGACAUGGCGACGACGGACAUAUUGCUCCGACUGCACUGAAGGUUGGGAGGCCUAUCAGGCUACCCGCCGCAUGCAGACAGGUGAGGACGAGCCAGAGCUGACACCAAGAAGCGAUACGAGCUAUUUUUGGACGACGCCGAGUGGCACUCCAAGCGGCACGCCGGCAACUACGCCUCGCACUGUGGAUGCAACGCAGGAAUCUUCACCGGCUGUGGAAGCAGCUGCCAUGCAGGCACCCCGAAGAAAAGGUCGAGCAGUCGUGGAUGUAAUCGACUUCGCCGAAUAUGAGGUCAGUCUCGCCAGAAGUCGGAGACCGAAACCUCCGCGAGGUAAGGCCGUCCAGGAGAGCAUGUCG